AAAGUCAAAUUAAAACUUUCACUAACUAAAAUGGCAAGACAAUUUUUAUUCAAUGCGAUUAUAUUUCAAUUUACAAGUUAUAAGGCUUUCAAGAUGUUAGGUUCACUUUUAGAGCUGACCGAUGACUUCUUUGCUUAUAAUUUAAAAUAUUUGUUUCUUGUCGGAUUAUGGCCGGAUGAUCCUUGGGCCAAAGCGCACCCAACUCUGUACAAAAUGUACGAAAAGACUACGCACGUACUAUCAAUUAUUUUCAUGAUUAUUAGUGGCAUCGGGACCUAUCGUAUAAAGAAUGACGUUGUUCUGUUCAUGACCAACUUAGACAAGUGUCUGGUCGCAUACAAUUUUGUCGCAAAAGUGGUUAUUUUCGUUUUCAAACGCAGGCAGGUUGAGAUUCUGAUUUCCGAGAUUAUUAAUUCAGGCGAUCAGUUAACCGAAGAGCGUAAAAAGAUGAUGUUGAUGAUGAUCAUAAUUGUAACUGGAUUGAGUACGUCUGUAGUAGGUGCGUUUAGUGCUUUAGCUAUGUAUCAUAACGAAAUGUCUGUAGAGUCUUGGAUGCCCUUCGAUCCGAGGGAAAGCAAGAUGAAUUUGCUGACGGCAUCUCAACUGGUGGCCAUUACCAUUGUGGUGCCGGUGAUUUACCGAGGUAUAGCUAUGCAAGGGAUAGUCUGCAGCUUGACAAUGUACUUGUGCGACCAGCUGGUCGAACUGCAAGAUAGGAUCAGGGCGCUGGAGUUCACUUCUAUGACUGAAGGAGCUGUGAGAAAGGAAUUUAAAGAUAUUGUAAAAAAACAUGUUCGGCUGAUGGGGUACACUCAAGAUAUGAAUACAAUUUUCGAAGAGUAUUUCUUGAUCCAGAACUUAGCGGUCACUUUAGAAUUGUGUCUCAAUGCUUUGAUGGCUACAAUGGUUGGAUUCGAGCAGAAAACUCUGUUGGCUACUUUCUUUGCCUUUUUGUGUAUCGCUUUGAUGAAUGCAUACAUUUAUUGCUAUUUGGGUAAUGAGAUGAUUAUUCAGAGUGGGAAUCUUGCAUUGGUGGCAUACGAAUCUUCGUGGAUAUCAUGGCCAUUGGACCUGCAGAAAGAUUUGUUGAUCCUUCUGAGAGUAGCCCAGAAACCGCUGUAUUUGAGUGCUGGAGGCAUGGUCGCCAUGUCUAUACAGACUUACAGUCAGCAUGUCGCCAUUCUGGACAUCGAUGAGACUAGAGGGACUGCGUUCCAAAACGAGUUAAACGCUGAAUAUGGCGCCAAUAAGAGCAAGUUCUACCAGUGCGACGUCACGAACGACGAUCAGCUGUUUGCGGCGUUCCAGUCCGUCGUAGCGGGCCAUGGGGGCCUCGACCUGGUAGUCAACAAUGCUGGCAUCAUGAACGAUGCCCCGCACGUGUAUAAAAAAGAAAUUGCGAUUAACGUGACUGCUCUGAUCACCAGCACCUUGAAAGCCCUAGAGCUGAUGCGUACAGACGAAGGCGGUAAAGGAGGCACCGUCAUCAACAUAGCUUCUGCCGCCGGCCUUUGCCAGGUGUCAGUCAUGCCCAUCUACUGGGCCACCAAGUCGGCAGUUCUCCAGUUCAGCAACUGUAUUGGUAAAGAGGACUACUACGAGAAGACUGGCGUCCGCGUCCUGGCAAUGUGUUUUGGAGCCACCGAAACCAGUCUCAUCAGCGGUCAGAAGCUGGGUUCACUCGAUAAGAGCAUGGCCGGCGAAAACAUAUCCAGUCUAAUUUAUGAAUCCUAUGUACAACGCAUGGAAUCAGCAGCUCAGAGUGUGAUAGAAGCGUACAAGAAAGGCUCCAGUGGAAGCACCUGGAUCUCAGUCCGGGACCUACCCGCUAAGGACAUUACUGACAACGUCAAUAGGGCGUAUGAGAUCUUGGGCGAACAUUUUUGGCCAUGA